AUGGAUCCAUAUGGAAACUAUUAUAAUUAUCCACCACCAGGAACAUAUGUUGUACCACCACCACCAACAACAUUCAUAGCACCACCACCACCAACAGUUUAUACAACUAUGCAACCACCAGCAUAUGGAAUUUACCCACCACAACCACAAUAUAUACAACCAAUUCAACCAGUUUACGGAUAUGGUGGCGCUCCUCCACCAAAUCCAAAUGCUUAUUCUUAUCCUGUACAAGCCCCAAUCCCUGGUGCAAAUGGAUAUAGUAAUAGAAGUAUAAGUGGUCAUAAAUUCCAAAGUGGUUUUAGAGUUAAACGUGAACAUUAUCACCAAUUUUAA